AUGCCCUUCUCUCACCACAGCCACUCAGGCCAGUUCUGCCCUGGCCAUGCAAAGGACUCCCUUGAGGAGGUCGUCCAAUUGGCCAUCGCCAAAAAGUUCCGCGUUUUCUGCCUGACCGAGCACAUGCCCCGCGGAGAAGCUGAUUACUAUCCGGAAGAGAUCGAAGCCGAACAGACGCAAUCAUGGAUGAUUGCCAAUGAAGCAAGUUAUUUCGCAGAAGCGCAGCGCCUACGGGACAAGUACGCCGGCCAGAUCCGCAUACUGAUCGGGUUCGAGUGUGACUGGAUCCGGCCAGAGUCGGAGACGCUGAUCGACGAGUCGCUGGCCCGGCUGCCAUUUGAGUUCUUUAUGGGCUCAAUCCAUCAUACGCGGACGGUGCCGAUUGAUUAUGACCGCGCAAUGUAUGAGCAGGCGCGUGAUGCGGCGGGUGGGUCGGAUGAGCGGUUGUUUGAGGCGUACUUUGACGAGCAGCUGCAUAUGCUGCAGCAGUUGAGGCCGCUGGUUGUCGGGCAUUUCGAUCUCAUUCGGUUGAAGAGCGAUGAUCCCGAGCGGAGCUUCAAGCAGUGGGCGGGUGUCUGGGAGCGGAUCCUGCGCAACCUCGACUACGUGGCCAGGUAUGGGGGACUGCUGGAGCUGAACUCUGCGGCGCUGCGCAAGGGGAUGAGGGAGCCUUAUCCCAAGGCUGAGAUUUGCCAGGAAUUCAUGGCCCGGGGAGGAAGGUUCUGUCUUUCCGACGACAGUCACGGGUUGGAUCAAGUUGGAUUGAACUACCACCGAGUGCUGGAGUUUGUCGACAAAGUGGGCAUCUCGACGUUGCAUUAUCUCGAUCUCGCGGAUGGUGAGACAAGCACCCCGGUGGAUCCCCGCUUUCCACGUACGGUGGUCAGGUCCGUGGCUGUCAACGAGGUCAAGGAGAUGGAUUUCUGGAAGGCGUAA